AUGGUUCCAAAACUCAUAUACGAUGAUAGCUAUAAUGAUAUCGAGUAUGGAAGAUUUUCGCGGUUUGUCAACAGAUCUUUGCUUAUGCACGAACCCCCUGUUAUAGAAGCUUUGCAUUUCAAGCUUGUUAACAUCUGUGGUACUGGAGAUAUCCAAGUGUGGAUCAGAGCUGUUGAUAAACGCCGUGUGCGUGAGCUGAAUAUCGAGAUUGGUACUUUUUCUAGUAAUACAACUCCAAUCACACUUCCUAGGAGCUUGUAUACAUGCUGCAGAAUGCUUGUGACUUUGAAACUACGUAACGUGGUUCUUGUGGAUGAUAUCACCACCCCAAUUUCUUUCCCAGUCCUCAAAAACCUCAGUCUUAGAUUGAUCAGGUACCCAAGUGAUUUAUUUCUCAGCAGUCUUUUAUCCAGUUGUUCUGUUCUUGAAGACCUGUUUUUGGAGCAAUGUGGAGAUGACAAUAUUAGCGUUUUGAGUGUAAGAGUGCCUUCUCUUAAGAGUUUAGUCUUGCGUAGACUAGAAAACAAAUUUAAUAACGAUGUUCAUAGCUAUGUGAUAGAUGCUCCUUCUUUGGAGCGUGUGGAAAUUUCUGAUUUUUCCCGUGGGCCCUGUUCCGUUGAGAGUAAUAUGACUAAGAUUGUGGACGCAGAGCUUUCCAAUAGUAAAUGGGAUCCUUGGAAGACGUUCAUGUGUUCUAUUAUUUCAGCCAAGCGUCUUUAUCUGUGUCUACCAACCUCAAAGGAUGUGUAUCCUGCUGGCAGCGUCUUCUACAAUCUUGUACACUUAAAGAUGUGCACAUGUGAGACAGAAUGGGUGAAUCUACUUAUUCGUGUGCUCAGAGAUUCUCCUAAACUACGAACUCUCAAACUUGCAGAGUGCGCAUUCCUUGUAUCUCAGUGCCAUGAAUUUCGGCGUCGUGAGCCGUGCCCUUACUGGGAUGAAACGAGCUUGGUGUCUGAAUAUUUGUUAUCAAGUCUUGAAACUUUCGAGUGGGUAGAUUAUAAAGGAACAAAAGCAGAGAAAGAAGUAGUAGCGUUCAUUUUAAGAGUUUCAAGCUGUUUAAAGAAGGCAACUAUUAUCUCCUCUAAUCCAUUACUGACCACAACAAGAAGCUUGAGAUGCUCAAGGAUUUUCCCUUAUCAUCUAGGCGCUCACCAGCCUGUCUUCUUGCAUUCCAGUGGAGUUAUGUUCAAGAAUCAAAGUAACAUUGUUUUUCUGGAUCUGAGAUCUUACAUAAGAUACUAG